AUGCUCGAACGAUUCCCACUUGAGAUCCUUCUUAUCAUUGCAGAAUGGCUCUGCCCCCAAUCGAUACGGUCGUUAUGCCUGGUAUCAUCGCGCCUGUUUGCUGCGUACCGAACGAUCGUUUAUCACACGCUGGCAAUCCGCGCCGAGAGCGAAUGGGCGCUGAACAUCCUCGAUGUCGAGAAGUUCUUUGGCGCGCAUGGGGGGGCGGGAAGCUGCAUGAUUGCGCGUUUUAAUCGCUGCGCGUACUUCAACGCGUUUCGCAACUGCGCUGGCCACGAGCAGAGAGGUAUCCUGGGAUGCUCCAACGAAGCCAAAGCCCACGAACAAUUCGUGGAUGAUAUAUCCCGCCAGGUCCAACUGAUCCUGAGCCGCCUGGAAUCAGAUCAGCUCCAUUCGUUCCGGUGGCGACUUGGCGUCUGCUUGCCGCAAGGCGUUGUUGACGAAAGGGGCCUGCUUCCCAAACAGCGCAACAGUCUGAGGAGCCUCGCCUUGGUGACGGAUGCCUCUUGUCCGCACGCGGGCGCCUCGCUUCGUGGACUCGGUCAAUUGACAGCCCUAGAGGAACUGGCGUGGGAAGGCGUCCAGCAUCCGACCGAAGUGGAUGCCCUGCGGGCGUGUUUGCGACAGAAUCGCCACCAUCUCCGGACGCUAGUGAUUGGAUCCGGCACGCGCAGAAACGGGAUAGAUCUCAUGUCUGAUGUUCUUGGAAUCGCUGACCAGUGUAUAUCGGACGAUGCCACGAUCGAUGCGCAAAGCCUCGGGGCCCUGUCCCGGUUGUCACUGUCAAGGAUUACUUUACCCCCCCUCCUGGACCCGCCGGCAGCAUCUAUUCUGACUUCAUUGGAAGAGCUCAUCUUGCGCGACUGUCCGAACGAGCUAGACUUUUUAGACGGCCUUGCUCUUUCGACCACCUCCAUGCGCAUACAGCGCUUUGAACUGAGCAUUGCCGAGACCCCGGGGCGUGGAGAGCACGAGCGAGAGAUCAGACCACUGAUGUCUUUCCUCCUCUCCUUUCGGGGCUUGAUACAACUCAACCUAAGGCUAUCCCGUCUUCGAAACAUGCAGCAGAUACACUCCGCGAUCGCGCACCAUCGGUCAUCCCUGAAGGGCCUUGUCUAUCAUGAAUGUCUCGCGCCAUCCGUUAUCGCCGCAGACCCCGACGGGGCUCAGGGCUACGGUCCAACGUGGCUACCCCUCGUACCGCAUGUUGUGGAUUUGUCUCGCAUCUCGCAUUUAGCUCUCAGCGCCUCCCCUUCCUUGAUGCUGGCCUACCUUCAGCCGCACGCCAGCACGUCAGCCGUGCGCGUCCUUCAUUUUCGAUUCAGUGCCUAUGAUCAUUUCGGCAUUGACCCCAGGGAGGGUAUUGUUUCUCGUCUCCGGGCACGGCGAGCGAGCGCGGCCAGGGGCUCGGUGCCCCAGACCCACCCCGAUCGAUCGAUUAUCAGCAGGCUCAACCAGAAUAGUACGACAGACGGUGCUGACGCGCAGAUCCCCGGAGCCCAGGAAAACGGCAUGGUCGAGACUAGUCCCUGCUGCCCUAUCGACGACGUGGAAGGGAUUCUUGACUUUGCCGAAUGGGCGUUUGGUCCAACGGGCUUACGCGCCUUGGAAUUCCUCGGCGUCGGCGAUUUCUCGCACGAGGGUCGGUACGAGCAGCAGCACGUGCUAUUCGUCCGACCAAGGGCGGGGCAGGACGGCCGCGGCCAGUUCGAAGACAAGCCUUGCUUUACAGACGGCGAUACUUUCGCCGUCGCAGCGGCGAGCGCAGAGCUGUGGCCGGGCCUUGGGGCCGUAGAUUUCGAGUUCCUGUCUUCGUGUCCAUCUGAUAGCUUGAUGGACUCUCCUUUCGGGUAG